GUUUUGGGUUUCUGGACGGACCUUUGUUUCUUGAAAUGAACUGAGCCACCCCUUUUUCGCCCCGACCCGAAACAGAGAUAUACAAGAAGACCCAGCCCCCUUCCAAUCAUCAUCGUCAUCAACCAUCUACUGCCGCUUUUGUUUAAUUUGGAUUUGUGUUGCUUAAUUAUUACCAUUGAUCCGAUCCAUUUCUUCCUUCCUUCCUUCUUUCCACAUUUGGCAGGUGAAUGAUUGACUUGUAUAUUGGGAGAAGAGUGCUGCUUGUUCUGCAUUAGUGUGCGAUAACAUAUUAUGCGCUGAUAGUGGUUUUGUUAUUAUGGAUGUUGUUAAUGGUAUCAACAACAACCCCAGUCUAGCUUCUAAACAACGACUCCGUUGGACGCAUGAACUUCAUGAACGAUUUGUCGAUGCUGUCGCACAACUCGGUGGCCCAGAUAGGGCCACUCCAAAAGGCGUGCUCAGAGUUAUGGGUGUUCAAGGUCUGACAAUUUAUCAUGUGAAGAGCCAUUUGCAGAAAUAUCGGCUGGCAAAGUACCUCCCAGAUUCAUCAUCUGAAGGAAAAGCUUUUGACCAGAAAGAAUCGGGUGACAUGCUUUCUAGUUUGGAUGGGUCAUCUGGAAUGCAAAUUACAGAAGCACUCAAGCUGCAGAUGGAGGUGCAAAAGCGUCUGCAUGAACAAUUGGAGGUACAAAGACAACUUCAGCUACGAAUAGAGGCACAAGGGAAGUACCUGAAAAAGAUCAUUGAAGAGCAACAGAAGCUUAGUGGAGUUAUAUCAGAAGUGCCAGGCUCAGAGGACAAUUGCCAAGAAUCCAGAAGUAUAACUGAUCCUGUGACUCCAGCUCCUGCUUUUGAGUUGCCUAUGAUGGAAAAGUCUGUCAAGGAAUGUGCCCCCGUUAAAAACAUUUUUGUUGAUGAUAGACAUGAGCCCUUAACACCAGACUCUGGUUGUCACUUGGGCUCACCCGAUGAAAACCCCUUAGGAGAGAGAGCCAUGAAAAAGCAACGAGUGAACAUGGGUCUGACUCACCAAAUCUUGGAGUCAAGCCUAAGGCCAUCAUUUCAUCAGCAACAGCAUUCCGCUUACCUGACUACAGAGCAGUUUGGCCAUUCAGCUGGAAUGGCAGUUGAAAAUGAAGAUUAACAUGUAAAAGUCAUCAAUCUUGCUUUGUUUUGUACCUGUGCAGUUUACAGAAAUAUUUAUUCGAUUAGGUCCAAAGGCAGUGGAAAGACCAGAAAACUUGUAAUUUGUACUCUAAAAGUUGAGACAAAGUAGACGGUAAUAUUAAUAUUUAUUGUACUAGUGAUGUAAAAACAAGGGGUCUUUGUUCGAUUUAGUCCAAAGGGUGUGUUCCAUUGAAGUCCAAAGGGUGUGGUAAAGCAGAAAAACAUUAAUUAGUGUUUUGAGAUUAUUCAAAUGAUAAUAUUAAUGUAUUACUUCCUGUAUGUUGCAUUUAA